AUUUCUCCGCGAACAGUAAGAGGCGCUAGUAGAUACAUCACACUACGCUGGUUAACCUUGUUCUAUACUUUUACAAUGUAUUUACAUUGUAAAUUAACGGAAUAGCUAUUUUCUAAAGAUUAGCAACGAUUUUAUCUGCAUUAUGAAACGUUCGAUAAUCGAAGAAAAUGGAGAAACAAAACGAUCUUUUGUUAAGCAAGAAUGUGUCAGCUUUGGAUACGAAGGUUCCUAUCCUACUUAUACAUCAUCUUCUUCAUCUCCUUCAACUGUCACGCAACCUUUACCUGGACAACCACCGCUACCUCCUAUGCCUCCACCAUCUAGUGGAGUUCCACCUCCCCCUCACAUAUUUGGACCAGUGCCUUCUCAAGUUACACAAAUUCAAGCAUGGACACAUCCUUCAGCACCAUGGCAAUGGAUAACACCUCAAACGUCACCCCUACCUCCUCCACCUCCACGUGAUAUGACCGCAAAUUCAUUUCAAAGAGAAAUGCCUCUAAGAGGUAACUAUAUGAGACGCGAAAGGUUUAAUCACAAUAGAAACAAUAUAUAUAUUCAAAGAAGUAACUUUCAUCGUAAAAAUAGAAGACUUGCACGAUUCGGACAAUCUCAGGGUCAGUUUGAGCAAGCAGCAUACUUUGGUGCCACAUUAAGCAAUAGUCUUGGCUUGGAAUGGCAAAGAAAUAAUUACACUACAUCUACAAGCGAAGCUAUUUUGAAUCACAUGCCUGUUCCUCUUCCCAAUCAUGCUCUACCUCCCAUUCCCCCAGGAAUUUUAACAAAUCGACAUAACGAAGAAACAUCAGAUCAGGAUGUUAAAAUUGUUUUAGAAGAAGUUGUAGUUAAAAAAAAUAAACAAAGGAAACCUAUGUCCCAAAGUUAUCCUAGUCGACCAUGGAAUCGAGAAGAUGCAGAAAGAGCUUUGAAAAUUGAAAAUGAAUACAACAAAACAGUGAAAGCUCAGAGCUUAAUAAUCAAAUUUCCAGAUCCUGAUUUAAAUAAAGAUAUCGUUAGAGAAUUUCAUCCUGGCAUACAAAAUAUACAUUUUCAAAGCCCUAGCGGCCCUAGAUACUGUUUUAUACAGAUGGCAGAAAGCGUUGAUAUCGAUGAAGCUAUAAGAGAGUUGGAAAAGAUACCCUUUGGGGUAGGUCAUUUAAAAGUUGAAAGAAAGUCCCUAAGGGAUGAAGAUAAUCCAAUGCCUGAAGAAAUAGAUCCUUACACGUUAUAUAUAGGAAAUUUACCAGAAUCUGUUAAUGUUAAUGAAGUAAAAAGUAAGUUUCCGACAGCUGCUCGUGUAGAUGUAGGCUAUGCACAGAAAAUGAGAAAUACCCGCUAUGCUUUUAUUAGGUAUAAUAGUGUAGAUGAAUCUAUAUCUGCUUAUAAACAAGCACAUGAUUUAAUGUGGGAUACCAGAAGUAUUAUUGUUAGGUUUAGAAGGCAGCGUGGUAAUACUUGUCUUCCUGGUGAGCCUAAACCAAAUGUUAAAAAAGUUAAAGAGGAACCAAAUAGUAAUUCACAAGUAAAGAAAGAACAGAAGGCUAAUCAUGCUGAUAAGAAUUUAUCAAAGUUAGAAACUAACAUAGAGAGUAGGUUACAAGAUAAUCCCAAUAAAACAUCAUCUCAGAAUCAAGAGCAAAAUACGAAUUUGGAAUCUUCGUCUCCUUCUUCCCCUGUACCAACCUCGAUUGCAUCAGCUAAGACAGCACAGUUACAACAGCAACAACCAUGGACUGGUCAACCACCUCAAAUACCUUCAGCGUCAGAAGCACCACCACCUUGUCCGACUGAAACGAAAUCUAUUACGGAAACGAUAAUGAUUACAGAGAUUAAAGAAGAACCAGAGGAUUACGAAGAAAUUGAUAUGUCGUGUAAUAUUCGGUCUGAUGAAGAUAUAGAUGACGAUGUGGAUGAUGAUGACGAUGACGAUGAUGAUGAAGAAGAGAACGAUGAUUCCGAUGAUAAUGAAAAUGAUUACGAUGAAGAAGACGAUGAAGAAGAAAUAAAUGAAGAUGGAAGAUUAUCAUGUAAUGAGAAGCCAAAAGAAAUUACAAAAGACAACGAGCCGUCUGAUCAUCUCGAUCAGAUGUUCAGUGAAUUGGAAAAUAUGGCUGGUGAUAUCAGUUUUUAAUACAUUUUACGACCGUGUACUAUUCCCACAUUAAUUAGUAUUCUAUUUUUAACAAAUUUUAUUUCAUACAGAAUGUGUAAAUAGUUCUAAACCGUAACGAGUGAGACUGCAUUUAUUUAAGUACAAUGUUAAUGAUUGAGUCGCGUCUAAAUACUUUUAUACUUAGUAUUUUAAUCCUACGAAUUUCUACGCUUACACAACAUUUUUUAUGUAAGCAAUUGUGAAUAUAAUUAAAAUUAUUUUCUGUAUUUUCAA